GAAAGCUUUGCGGGCGCAGGACAUCAGCAUAAAAACUGAAACACAAAUCUCAAAUUCAGUUUCUGUGUCUGAUUGCGAUUCUUUGGUCAGCCGAGGUGCAGCAGCAUCGGGAUUGGGAUUAGGAGCAUCAUCCAAAUAUGGUUUACGAUAUGGCGCACUUGGCACCCGGGCCGCCGCAGAGCAUUUCACUGAGUCGCUACUAUAUGGAUCAGGACGACGACUUGGCGUCGGGCAACAGCAGUGCGAACAUAUCGAACGGCCAUGGUCUGGGGCAUGUCGCCAGCGAGGACUACGCGGCGAGCACGACGCUGGACAUCGACCAGCGGUAUCAGGCGCGGAUCGCGUGCGAGACGGCGGCACAGCCGGCGCUGCCCGGGCCGCCGCCAACGCCGGCGCCGCGGCGUCGCACCACGCCCAUCACCCACCUGGAUCCCUCCGAGCUGGUGGGGCUGUCCAGGGAGGAGCGUCGUCGGCGGCGCCGCGCCACGCUCAAAUAUCGAACGGCGCAUGCGACGCGCGAAAGGAUACGCGUGGAGGCCUUCAACGUGUCCUUUGCGGAGCUGCGCAAGCUGCUGCCCACGCUGCCGCCGGACAAGAAGCUCUCCAAGAUCGAGAUCCUCAAGCUGGCCAUCUGCUACAUAGCGUACCUCAAUCAUGUGCUCGAGACGCCCUGAGAUACCGCCAACGCCUCCAGCUGCAGCCAGUUGCCAGGCGCCAUGUUUCUCAACAACAGCUCCACCUCCACCUCCUCCUCAUCCUCCACGA